GUUCGGCGCACAAGAUCACCGGCUACACCGUCCGCGUGCCUGUGAUCAUCUCAGCGGAAUCGAGGUUGGGCCUCCAUUUCGGUGCGACGGCUGAGACUGCUCUUGACCUCGACAAGUCCAAGCCCGGGAUGCCGCCGUUUCCAUGCACCCAGGUUCGGCGCGUUGAUGAUGACGGCGAGAUAGGCCGGUGGAACGAGCAGCAGAGGGCGCUUGAGGGAGCCGAUUCUCCAUUCAGCGCGGACGACAACCGUCUCGAUGACCUCACCGUCAUCGAACCUCAGCAGGAGCCAGGGAAUGGCGCCAGCGGCCGAAGUGUGUGGCUCCAGGCAGUUGAGGUCCAUGGCCAGCCGGGCUUUACCAAGAUGGGUGAGCAGGGGUUGAAGCUGCUGCAGGAGGUUCGCUGGCGAGUUGGUGGUCCCAACGCUGCACGCGCCAGGCUCAUCCUCUACUUCUUCAUCCAGGCCUCCUAUUGCUUUCGGUUCAAGGCUCGGGACAUCCAUGGCCAUGCGUUGCAUGUUCUGGCGGUGUACGAUGCAGACGGGCGGCGGAGCUCCGGGAACUUUGCUGGCCCCUCGGCAUCUUCCCCUACUGCAGUCCUGUCUGGGCUCCUGAACUACGUGGACCUGGCCGAGGAGUGCUGGUUCAUCGCCCACAACAAGAUGGGUACCUGUGAGGCCCUGCACUUGGCAGCGGGUGUCGGCAAUGUGGCCUUCCUUGACUUCCUGGGAGAGGCGAAUGCCGAUGUUGAUGCGAAGACCCGAUUCGAUGGCAAGGACAAUUAUACAGCGCUUCAUGAAGCAGCUUUCUUCAAGCAGACGGCGGCAAUGAUGAAGCUGCUUACCAUGCGCGCUGAU